UAAGAAUGCGUUACAAAUUCUCUUCGUCAUAUAGAAGACUACAACGUCGUUAAUUGGAUAUAGAGAAGUGAAAAAUAUUUGCAAGCUAGUUCUGUUAACAGAGUUUUGCUAAUAGAAGAGAACAGAAUACGGUACGAAAAUGAAUAGCUGCGAACGUUUCAUAAAAUAUUUUCUGAUCACUAUAAUCCUCGUCAUCCUCGUAAGUUCUAACCUCGCACUUUUCUGAAGAUAUACUUGCGUAAUAAUAUAUCCAAGUAAAUUUACUAUUUAUGUGUGCUCUAGAUUUUGGGAACUCUCGCAAUUAUUGGAAUCGCGUACUUUGAGUUGUCAAGCUAUCAUGGAUAAAGGAAUCGGAAUACUAAUCAGUUAGCUGUCACAUUAAUCGUUUCACUGAUUAUCGGAAUCCUCAUGAUGUCUAUGGCCAUCUUCGGAAUCGUUGCUGCCUUGCGAGAAAUCAAGUGCAUGCUCCUAACAAUUUUCGCAACUCUCGUAAUUAUUAAAAGCGUGCACAGUCUAGUUGUCAAGCGAUCACGAAUAAGAGAAGUGGAAUACAAUGACUUAGCUGCCAUAUUAAUCGUUUCACUGAUUAUUGGAAUACUUACAAUAUCUAUGGCCAUCUUUGGAAUCGUUGCUGCCAAGCGGAAAGCCAAGUGUAUGCUCCUGACAUACGCGAUAGUCGCCAUAAUCGCAUCUAUAUUGCUUGUGAUUUGGAUAAGCAGCCGCCCAUUGCAGCAUUCUGUCAACACUACAAAUGCUUUUACACUCCUGUUUCUUCUGGUCUUGGGAAAGAUACCCGCCCUUGUGCUCUACAGAUCACAAAAGAUCAAAUUAUUAUCAUCCAGCAGCAAAAUAUUACUCUAAGGCUUUCCCUAAUAAA